CCACUCCUUACUACUACUACAAACGUGAUGCCGAAGCCACUCCUUACUACUACUACAAACGUGAUGCCGAAGCCACUCCUUACUACUACUACAAACGUGAUGCUUCUCCCUACUAUUAUUACUAA